GUGCUAUAAUUUUAGGAAUUUAUGAUAAUCACACUUUAUCACGAUCAAUAUGCCCCUGUUGUGCAUUGAAAAGAGAAGAUCUCCAACAGAACUUGAUGAUAAUGAUACUGAUGAAGAAGAUGAUGAUAGACUUUCUCAGGACCCCAGUAUCUGGCAGGAUAUUCCAGACUCCAUCUUACUUCAUAUAUUCUCAUUCCUAGAUGUGCCUAAUUUAGGACAUGUAGCUCAGUCAUGUAAGACAUGGAACAGAGUAUCACUGGAUGAAAGUUUAUGGAAGGAUUUGCUUCAUUCAGAAAUACAUGUGACAUGUGGGCAGUUAGCACAAAGAAAGAGAAGCUGGAGAGAAGAAGUGAAACGUGUAAAGUAUCAUGUCCCGACUGUUCUAACAGAGACAUUAACAGAACAUACUGAUGAAGUACUUCAUGUGAGCUUCUCACACAAUGGGAAACUAUUCAGUACCACAUCUAAAGAUGCAACUUUAAAGGUUUGGGCUGUUGGUUAUCCGACAGCACUGAAAUACAGCAAAGAUUUCCGUGAGUUGUUGGCAUGGGAUUUCACACAGUUUUCAAGCUUCAAUGAAUCAGAUACCAUGGUGCUUGUCUCGAGUGUAAAAUCCACUCAUGUGAUUGAUAGACGUGGAUAUAUGGCUAUACUCUCUCUCAUACAUGAUUUUGAGAUAUUACGUGUAGUGACGAUGGAUCCCUCCCAGCUAUUUGGAGCAUGGUUAGAUGAUACUACUUUUCUUGGUGGAAGCCUAGAGAUCAGCCUGGACAGGUUUGCUACCACAGUACAGAUAGAAGCUCAUGAGGUAACAGAGAUAUUUUCCCCAUUGCCUUUGCCAGCCCCAGCUCUUAAUGUAGAGGAAAGUUCUGGUAAAUCUUUAUUCACGUUCAGUAGUGAAACAGCAAGUUUAAUCAAGUUUUUGACUGUUGCAAACAUUGUCAAGAAAGAUUGCAGAGAUGUUGUUAUGUCCACAAGUCCAUGUCUUGAGGAUUUAAAUACAAAUGAACAAGAAACUGCUGUAAAAGAUGAACUUUCAAAUAGUGAUAAAGGUGUGAAUGACUGUAUUAAAGAUGGAAAUAGUGACAGUGAAGAGUUAUUAGCUGCAGCAUGUAAGGGGAAAGCAGAUAAACCUAUGACAGGUAGUUAUGAUGAAAUGGAACAUUCCUGUGUGGAUCUUGAGCUUAACAUGGAAGAAGACCAUUCUGAAACAGUAAAUAUUGCUACAGCUGAUGAACCUGUUUGCAGAAAUUGCUUAAAGCAAAUAUACUCAGAGAAAACAGUAUCAUUUGGGGAAGCUAUUUGUGAUUGUUUAUAUGAAAGGCACGAUGUGGCAGGGUCUCAAGUUGAGGGGAUUCAGAGGCCAGCAGUUUUAGAAUUGGGUGCUUCUUGUUCAGAAUCAUUGGAUAAUUGGACUAAUAAGGAGAAAGAUAUGAAACAGUUGGAGAAAAAUCUUAUAUUAGUCACUGGAGAAUUUGCAGUAGCUCUUCACCAGAUUGGUUUCAAAAAUGUGCCUCCAUACACUAAAGAGUCUGUUUUAGCAAGUGGGGCAACUCCAAUGGAUUCAGAUAAUCCUGAAGGAUUUAUGGUUGUAAACUACAGCAAUAAUGAUAUACAUAUUGUACAUAGGCAGCAAAAAUUGGACACUCCUGAUCAUCUCAUUGACCUUUUUGGUCAUGUGACUGGACUCUGCUUGACCCCAGAUCAAAGAUAUCUUUUUAUCAACUGUCGUCCAUGGGUAGGUGAUGUAGACAGGACUGACCCCUGGGCAACCCCAGAUCUCUCACCUAAUAUAGAAGUUAGAAUAAUUGACCUUUAUACUCUGAAAGAUUUAGGGGUUCGGUAUAAGGGACAUAAAGGAUUUUCUCCUCCAAACAUGUGUUGCUUUGUUUUUCUGGAUGUGAGUCAGGACUUUGUUGCAAGUGGCAGUGAAGAUGCAAGAGGGUACCUAUGGGAUCGACAUUACCAAUCACUUUUAGCAUCGUACGAGCAUGAGCAAGGUGUGGUCAAUGCUGUUGGUUUCUGCUCAAGUAAUCAGGAGUACCUUGUCACUGUCAGUGAUGAUAAAACAAUAAAAAUAUGGCGGUCCAAAGCAGAAAUGAAACGUCUUGAAAUAAACACUGAUGUGGGAAAUGAUGCAGAAAGAACCUGAUAAAAUUUUAUGAAUUCAUUAUUCAUGUAAAUCAGAUUUAUAAGAGAUAUCUUGAUUGCAUAAUAUAGUCUUAGGCAUACUGUGUAUACUGUAUUAAAAAAUGACAUGCAUUGUAUGUAAUGGUAUUUAACUUACAUUAAGUGGUCACCUGCCUGUAGUGUUCAGCUUCAGUCAGUCCUGUUGGUGACAACAAUACCAGGUAGAAAUAUUUUGCUGCAUUGGAUAUAUCACAUUUAUGUUAAUGAUCAGUAUUAUUUUUUUUGAAUAUUUUACUUUUAGCUAAUAAUGUGAAAUGAAAAAAAGUUGCAUGUAAAAAAGUAAUAGAUGAAUUAUAGGUGCAGUACACUACAUGACAGACAAAGAAAAGAAGUUUUAAUAAUCAAGAUUGUUCAUCUUAAUUGUUGAGAUCCAUACCUAUAUUGCUAUAAGUAUGUUAUCUUCAUUCCUAGUAAAGACAGCUUUGUGUAGUUUUCCUCUUGAAAACAAUGAUACACACCGAUCUCAACAGUAUUUGUUUAAACAUGUAUCUCUGCUAAAAACUUAUUAUGUGCAUAUUUUCUAUUGAUUUGUGGUUUAAGUUAACUUCAGAGAUGUUCCAUGUUAAUCAAACAAUCAUCAUUGAGAGGUUAAGGAUGACUGUGAUGUAUUAACUUUGCUGAACAGUACAUUGUCACUUGGGACUAGGUUUCCAGAAAUUUUGAAAACUCAAUCGGUCCGAAACGAAAUCACGACAUCGGUGCUACCCCACCCACCAUUAUUACCACAUACACUAUAUUUGUAAAACAUGAUGUAAAGAAAUUAGUAUGUCAUGCAUUAGAAAUGAUUUUCCAGUCACCACGAGUUACCAUACAAUGAAAACAGUCAUACGGUGUGUAUAUAAUCGUUACUGUGUUUAAAUUUAGAUGUUUUUUCGGAGAAAAUACUUGCAAGGAUAAAAUUGCCUAGGCAUUUUUUACUUGGCACCGUGUAACUAACUAGUCUAAAAGCCAAUGCACAUGACUUUGGUACUGCAUACACGGCAGGUACUUUGUGUUUCCUCAUUAUUUGACGGAUCUUUUAAAAGUACAAUGUGACAAAGUGAUUUACUGGAAACAUAGUCUCUGCCAAACAUCUUCAGUAUUUUUAGAGUAUUCUGCCACGGACCAAAUGUGUAUGUUAUGUGAAUGCUGAGAUCGAAUUUCCCAUGUGUAUGGUCAUGUGGGUCUGCCAUCCUAAUCAUGGUAUCGAUCAAUCUACGCGGAUAUUUCAUUUCACUGGCAUUGUACUUCAAUAAGCAGCUACGUUUUAUAAAGUUAUAUGUUCUCUUCUGAUGUAAACAAAAAUCAUACUGAAACGUUUUUUAGGACCAAUUUGAUAAACUGGCCGGUCCGCCACUCCAGUUUUCUUUAUCAUUCGGGUUUGCCAGUCCCAUUUUUUUGUACAGACGGGCUGCAAAGAUGAUUUUCUGUACUUGUUUCAACUGGACUGCCAAAUGAAUCAUGUAAUUUUUACAGAUCAAGUAAUUACAGAAAUUAUUUGUAUUGGUUUCCUGUGUGAUGUCUCAUUAAAUGCAAUGACCAUUUGUUUCUUUUUACCCAUCUUCAAACAUAGCCUUUUGAAAUAAAACAAUCCAUCGGCUAAUGAUCUAUAUAAAAGAAGUGGGUCCCUGUCAAAAGCAUUUGGAUCCAAUCAGAAGCAUUUGGAAACCAGUCAAAAAUAGUCGGCUGCCUGCAAACAUUAAAGGAUGUGCCGUGUGAGCACUGUUAUGUCACAUGCUAGUAACGAACCAAUUACCAAGGUGACAAUCAGACCGUUUGACACAUAUAUUGAUUAUCUGAGGGUGCGAUAAACAUUGGCAGGUGAUCGUGUAUUGAGAUUUCAGACCGAAAUUUAUACUUUUUCUCCAUUUUUAUCAGACUGAUUUUUGUUUUUUCACUUCACGAAUCGGUCUGAAAGUAAAAAAUCGGUCCAAAACCAACAGACUGGCAAAAAUCUUGACAAUGUGUGCAUUUAUGAGAAUUUUGAGGAUAAUGUAACAAGCGCAAUAACUUUUAGAUGAACAGAGUGAUAUGUGUUUCUGGGACAAUAUGUAGUAUGAAAACAAUAGAACCACUGUCUAAUCCAUGCAUGAUUGUAAGAGAUAACUUGCAGGCCUGAACUCUUGGUUUUGCUUAUCUCUGUGAUUCUAGCAGGUACAAAAGUUUUGAUUCCAUACAUCAUGUCAAUGACCUGUGAAACCAAACCUUUUGGUACUGUAUAGUGCCAUAUAACCUGGAAGGUGUUUGUUUGCCUUAAGGUAGUUCAGUAUGUUCAGAUCAAAUUAUUUUCUACAAUCAUGGUAGAAUUUAAUUAAACCCUGAUUUUUCAAAACUUCUGAAUAUACUUAAAAAAUUCGGCAAAUAAAAAGAUAAGGUCAUGACUGCUCGAGUUUUUGCUAGACUGAUUUGAAAAAUUUUGACCUCACACAAGUUUUCAUAAUGGGAGUUGAUGGGAAAAUCACAAUUUUGCUAACGUUUUCGCAAAUUGAAUUUUCUCUACAAUGUACACUUUAAUGAAACUUCUAACAUUCAUAAUUCGAACAUGUAGCCGAUGAUUUUGUGAAAUAAAAUAUAUAGGUCCUUUGGCUUGUUUUUGAGAUAUUUGCCCAUGAUUAAAGAGAUCUGUGCAUUUCAAGCUGAUUUUAAGACAUUUUUUUUGAAUAACUUAAUGUCAUAUCAUAUUAUUUACUUUAGAAAGAUAGUUACAUUGCCAUUGAAACAAAUUUACUCACCAGUUGCCAUUAAGUAUGUCUCCCCCCAUAUUGUUUUUGCCCUGUACGUCCAUCCAUCCAUCCAUCCAUCCGUCCAUCAACACUUCAUUUCCGAUCAAUAACUGGAGAACCAUUUGAUCUGGAACGUUCAAACUUCAUAGGGUGAUAGGGCUUAUGGAGUAGAUGAUGAUUUUGGGGUCAUUCCAUCAAAGGUCAAGGUCACAUGGGCCUGAACAUGGAAAACCGUUUCUGAUCAAUAACUUGAGAAUCACUUGACCCAGAAUAUUUAAACUUCAUAGGCUGAUUGGACAUGCAGAGUAGAUAACCCCUAUUGAUUUUGGAAUCAUUACAUCAGAGGUCAAGGUCAAAGGGAUCUGAACAUGGAAAACCGUUUCUGAUCAAUAACUUGACAACCACUUGACCCAGAAUGUUGAAACUUCAUAGGAUGACUGGACAUGGAGAGUAGAUGACCCCUAUAUAUUUUGGGGUCACUCAAAGGUCAAGGUCACAGGGGCAAGAACAUGAAAAACCGUUUCCGAUCAAUAACUUCAGAACCACUUGACCCAGAAUGUUGAAACUUAAUUGGAUGAUUGGAUAUGCCGAGUAGAUGAUUCCUAUUGCAUUUCAGUCACUAAGCCAACCAUCAGUGUCUUUUUGAUUUUUGCUCCAGCCCCCUAUCGACUUCUUGCCUAGCAUUACUAUGCAUUUGUACAAAAGCAUCUUCUAGUACAUAAAUGAGUUUCAUUUCCCUACGCCAAAUCCAGGUUUCUAUGUUUUUCAGAUAAGUGACGUUACGCCGUUACUUCUGGUUUAUCAAACGUGCAGAACUACAGUGAAACCCAAAUGAGCAAAUUUGGAGAAUGGUGAUAUUAAAUAUGAACAUGUACAAAUAUAUCAUUUACUGUGAUAGAAUCUUUCAAAUAUGAAGGAAUAAACAUAAUUAUGUUAGUGCCUGUAGUUGACUUAAUAUAUCAAGUACUUUUCAAGGCAACUAUACUUUAUUCACCUAUUAAAUUACUGGUAAUGCCACCCUUUAGUGUGGUAUGCAUGUACAGAUUACUUAGAGAAUGAAUAUUGGAAAAGAAAAUACAAGUUUCUAGUAUA